GGACGGCACCGCGCACAGCCGGGCUGGGCGGCGGGACAGCGGGCUCACGGCGGGGCGAGCGGGGGCGCAGCCAUGAGGGAGAUCGUGCACAUCCAGGCGGGACAGUGUGGAAACCAGAUCGGGACCAAGUUUUGGGAAGUGAUAAGUGAUGAGCAUGGCAUUGACCCAGCCGGAGGCUAUGUGGGUGACUCACCGCUGCAGCUGGAAAGGAUCAAUGUCUACUAUAAUGAAUCAUCUUCCCACAAAUUUGURCCAAGAGCAGUCUUACUGGACUUGGAGCCGGGAACCAUGGAUAGUGUGCGCUCUGGUCUUUUUGGUCAGCUCUUUCGGCCUGAUAAUUUCAUCUUCGGACAAACUGGUGCAGGAAACAACUGGGCUAAAGGACACUACACAGAAGGGGCAGAGUUGGUUGACUCUGUACUUGAUGUAGUAAGAAAAGAGAGUGAACACUGCGAUUGCUUGCAAGGCUUCCAGCUCACUCACUCCCUGGGAGGAGGGACAGGGUCUGGCAUGGGAACCCUACUCAUCAGCAAGAUCCGAGAGGAAUAUCCAGACAGGAUAAUGAAUACCUUCAGUGUCAUGCCUUCUCCUAAGGUUUCUGACACUGUGGUGGAGCCUUACAACGCUACGCUUUCAGUCCACCAGCUGCUYGAAAACACAGAUGAAACCUACUGCAUCGACAACGAAGCUCUGUAUGACAUUUGCUUCCGCACCCUGAAGCUCACCACUCCGACAUACGGUGAUUUAAACCACUUGGUUUCCGCCACCAUGAGCGGGGUAACCACAUCCCUGCGUUUUCCAGGCCAACUCAAUGCUGACCUCCGGAAGCUGGCGGUAAAUAUGGUCCCCUUCCCGCGCCUUCACUUUUUCAUGCCAGGCUUUGCUCCUUUGACGGCCCGAGGCAGCCAACAAUACCGAGCACUCACAGUCCCAGAGCUCACCCAGCAGAUGUUCGAUGCCAAAAACAUGAUGGCAGCCUGUGACCCAAGGCACGGCCGGUAUUUGACGGUGGCCACCGUCUUCCGCGGCCCCAUGUCCAUGAAGGAGGUCGACGAGCAGAUGCUGGCCAUCCAGAACAAGAAGAGCAGCUACUUCGUGGAGUGGAUCCCCAACAACGUCAAGGUGGCAGUGUGUGACAUACCUCCCCGUGGCCUCAAGAUGGCCUCCACCUUUAUUGGCAACAGCACUGCUAUCCAAGAGCUCUUCAAAAGGAUUUCGGAGCAGUUUUCSGCCAUGUUCAGGAGAAAGGCCUUCCUCCACUGGUUCACUGGAGAGGGAAUGGAUGAAAUGGARUUUUCAGAAGCAGAAAGCAACAUGAAUGACCUGGUGUCAGAGUAUCAGCAAUACCAAGAAGCAACAGCAAAUGAUGGAGAGGAAGCGUUUGAAGAUGAUGAAGAAGAGAUCAAUGAAUAAAAAAAUUAAGUGUGUUAUUUUUCCAGGCCAAAUUCUCAAAUCUGGAUUUCUGAUGUUAGGCUUGUAAACCCAUACUUAUGUUUAAAAAAAAAAAAAAAAGAA